UUCCAUCCUCGUUUCUGAUAUGUUUCUGCACUUAUCCGCCUCCAAAGACAAAAAUAGCGGCGUUCGGCUCGAGUUUUAACUGAAGUCGCAAAUAUGGGUUGCGACUUUGACCAGUGUUCAGUUUAUUUGGGACUUUCAAGAUUUUAGGAGGAAAUUGAGAAAUUCGGAUAUUUUAUUUCAGAUAAUUACUUUGAGCUCUUCUUCUAUUUGGGUUAUCAGUUCGGUUGGCUGUGAUGUUCCACCCUCUCUCUCAGCUACGCCCUUGUCCCUUCCUCAUUCAUCUUCUCCGAUCGAACUCUCUCUUUCUCAGUUCUCUCCAUUCUCUCCAUGUCUCUGUUGACAUUUUUCAGCUCUGAUAUUGUUCUUUCCUCCCUCUCUCAUUUUCCUGGUCUGGAAUUGAAGAUACGAUCAUACGAAUCAGUAUUCCAGUGGUUGAAGCUCCGUGGACGCAUCAAUUAGCUUAUUUCGUACUAACUAGCAAAUUAGAUGGCUUCGAUAUGUUUUAGGGGGAUCCGAGCACACCCUUUCUUUCUUUAUCCGUCUGCACAUUUUGCUAGAAAAAAUGGUGCCUUUUUUUGCACCACUGAAAGUGUGCAAGCCCCAACAACUACACAUGAAAACCAGCAAUCUGAGACAACAUUUUCUCAUCGUACCCAAACCAAAACAGUUGAGAAAACCUCAAAGGAUUACGAAACAAUCAUUGGUAUAGAGACCCAUGUACAGAUCUCCACUCUUACUAAGGCCUUCUGUAGGUGUCCUUAUUUUUAUGGGUCUCAACCAAACACCCAUGUUUGCCCUAUUUGCAUGGGCCUGCCUGGCGCUUUGCCAGUUUUGAACUCAAAAGUCAUUGAGUUUGCUGUGAUAGUGGGUCUCGCGCUCAAUUGUAACCUUUCUAUGAACUCAAAAUUUGAUAGGAAACAGUACUUCUACCCUGAUCUUCCAAAGGGCUACCAAAUAUCUCAGUUUGAUGUCCCAAUUGCUACGGGUGGUUUCAUUGAGCUGGAUCUUCCCACCGAGUAUGGUGGAGGGCAUAGGAGGUUUGGGAUUACUAGGGUUCAUAUGGAAGAAGAUGCAGGGAAAUUACUUCACUCGGGAACUGAAAGCUACUCCCAGGUUGACCUGAAUAGAGCAGGGGUGCCUUUGCUUGAGAUUGUGUCUGAGCCUGAUAUGAGAAGCGGUCUUGAGGCUGCAGAGUAUGCAGCAGAGAUACAGAGGUUGGUUCGGUAUUUGGGUGUAAGCAAUGGCAAUAUGCAGGAAGGUUCACUGCGCUGUGAUGUAAAUGUCUCUGUCCGGCCAAUUGGGCAGUCAGAGUUUGGGACUAAGGUUGAGAUAAAGAACGUUAACUCAUUUUCGGCAAUAAAUCGGGCAAUUGAUUUUGAGAUUUCCAGGCAGGUAGAUCUCCAUAGUCAAGGGCAGGGUGAUCAGAUUGUACAGGAAACUCGACUUUGGGAAGAGGGGACUCAGAGAACAGUUUCAAUGAGGAAAAAGGAAGGGCUUUCUGAUUAUCGAUAUUUUCCCGAACCAGAUCUUCCAGAAGUUAUUCUCAGUGAAGAAUAUGUCAACACUAUUUCUUCUUCUUUACCUGAACUUCCAGAAAUGAAGCGCAGACGAUAUGAAAAUAUGGGCCUCAGCAUGCAGGAUGUACUUUUUCUUGCUAAUGAUAAAAAUGUGGCAGAUUUUUUUGAUGCAGCUGUUGGGAAGGGUUCUGAUGUGAAGCUGGCUGCCAAUUGGAUAAUGGGUGAUAUUGCUGCCUAUCUGAACAAUGAAAGAUUGUCUAUAAACGAGAUAAAACUUACACCCCAGGAGCUGGCUGAACUAAUAUCUUCCAUUAAAGGCGGGACUAUAAGUGGAAAGAUUGGGAAAGAGAUACUUUUUGAGUUAAUAUCCAAAGGAGGCACUGUCAAGGCAAUGAUAGAAGAAAAAGAUCUAGUUCAGAUAGUGGAUCCUGCUGAGAUUGAGAAAAUGGUGGAUAAAGUGAUUGCAGAAAAUCCAAAGCAGCUUCAGCAAUAUCGUGGAGGCAAAACUAAGUUGCAAGGAUAUUUUGCUGGUCAGGUGAUGAAGGAAUCAAAAGGUAAAGCCAAUCCCCAGCUUCUGAACAAGAUCCUUUCAGAGAAAUUAAAUAGCAAAAGCUGACGAUUUCAGAGUUGGGUGGGUGCCUAUGGUCUAUAUUGAUGCCAACGUAUUAUUUUUCGUCAUUUUAAGUAUGUCCCCUCAUUGCCGUUAGAAAGUCCAUGUGUAUCUUCCCUACCGUAUGCACCAAGGGUGGAGCUGUGGGUAACAUUGGCUUGCUCCCACCAAACUUUCUGCCAAACUUUGGAGGCUGCGAACCAUCUUCCAGUCUGUAGGAGCCAGUUAAAGUUGAACUUGUGGUGGUUAGCUCCCGUUACUGGGCCUUUGGGAGGGCUAUCAUCUGUUAUUAGAAAGUGAACAAGUCAAAUAAUUAUAACCCAGUGCUUUUAGCAUCUGUUGUUGAGUCCUUUGGCUCAGAUCAGUACUGAAUUGUCUGUUUUCUUUUCUCAUAUAACCUUGAUUUAUUAAUUUAUAAAUUUAUAUUUAAAC